GCUCGUCGACUCUUGAGUACAUCUGGAACCCUAUUACGAGGUAUCGAAAAUUUCCUAGUACUUGAUUUUGAGGCCACCUGUAAUGAGAUCAGCAAAAUUCAGCCACAAGAGAUCAUUGAAUUUCCUGUCUUGUUGCUUAGAGGUCAAGGACUACCUGAAAUCGAUCGGUUUCAUAGAUUUGUUAAACCUGUCUAUCAUCCCCAGCUCACUGAUUUCUGCACUCGCCUGACGGGAAUAAUUCAAGAUAUGGUGGAUUUCCAACCAACCUUUCCCGAUGUUAUGAAGGAAUUUGAAUCCUGGAUUGAUAGCCAUUUUCCAACUGAAGAACAGAAGUCGAAAUUCGCUUUUGUCACCUGUGGUAGCUGGGAUUUACGCUAUAUGUUGCCACACCAGGCCUCUUUAUGGAAUAUCACCGUUCCUCCCUAUUGUCGACGCUGGGUUGACGUUAAGAAGGAGUAUGCGGACUUCACGGGCCAACAUCCCACUGGUCUAAUUUCAAUACUAAAGAACUUGAAUUUACCGCAUGAUGGACGUCUACAUAGUGGCAUUGAUGAUUGUCGAAAUAUUGCAAAAGUGUUGCGUUUCCUUGUCCAAGAAAAUGUCAAUCUCAGAUAUUCUGAGUAA